CGUCACGAAUAUCAGUUAGGAAAGGGAGUACAGUUACAGUUAAAAGAUGGGUGGGCGAGGAUGUACGCAUACAGUGUUGAUAUUUAUGGUUAAAUAUUUACAAUUCGUUACUUAUUUACGAAAUAAUUAUGAUUCCGAUAGAUUCUAAUAUUUGUCAUAAACUAUUCCCUUUAUGGCAUGCUAAAAGGGUUAUAUGUACAUUAGCACAUUUACGUCAAUAACAUUGGCAAAAUUUAGUUACACUUGAGCCAAAUUAUCAAUUUGUUUUUGAAAUACGCCAUACCGAUGAAUGGUUUGUUUUUCUCUGUGUAAGAAAUGGUGUCUGAGGUAAUACCAAAUCAUUUUCUGCUAUUUGUAUCCAAACAGAUGUUUUACUUGUAAUAAAGUAAGGUACGUCGCAGCGUUCAAGUAUGCUUGUUUGUAGCUACAUACGGACUCGCCAAAGUCACGUAGGUGCCGUUACUGCUAAACCACGGCUCAUAUAUUUCUGUUGAAGUUUUUCUAUUUUUUAUUAUUUUAAUCUUAUACAUAGUUUUUAUUUCUGAAUGUUAUUAUACAUGUAUGAAAAAUUAGAGGAAAGACCAGCUUCCGUAAACGAUUUACAGCGUAUCUUAUGUAUGAUGAGUAGAGCACCUUUAUGUGUGGCGCCAUUGUGAGCAUCAUCGAUUUGACUUCAACAUCUUCGAGCACUUGUGGUAAGUGCUUCUUUCUCAUAAAAUCACCAAAACAACUACAUAAUCAUGGCGGGCAAUCUAAGUAUCGAACAGCAACAAUAGAUUAUUGAGCAAUACCAGAAGACCGAGAACGCCGAAAAGGUUCGGGAAAAGUGGGCUAAGGAGUUUGGAACCUCUCCACCUUCACGACGAUCCAUUUACAAGAUUCGGGACAAAUUCGAGAUCACUGGAUCCGUGAUUAAUGCCCCGAAAAGUGGCCGACCCGCUUUCGGUUCUCCAGACAAGAAUGAAAUCGCGAAGCUGAUGGCAUUUGAUCCUGCGAAGUUAGAUUGGCCAAGCUACGAGAUUAUUCUAGAUUGCUUCUUCAAGGCAAACAACAUCGUUGAUAACAAACAGAAGAUUUCAAUUUUGAGACGUCGGGGCGGCAGUACAGUUUGCAGCAUUCUUAACGAAGCUUUGGCGUCCAAGAGGUCUCAAGCCGAAAACGAAAAUCGGCCGGAUGAAGCGAAGUCGUGCGAGCUAACGGCAGAAGACGCAAUUGAAGCACUAAGAGUAGCGCUUCAUUAUGAAGAUGGAGCCGCCAUCAAAAGGCUGAUCUUUUUCCGCCGGGUCCAGCAGCCAAAUGAAUCGAUUUCUGACUAUAUACGAGAUCUCAAACAGCUUGGCCGAGCCUGUGGAUUUCCGAAGAUUCGUGAACGUCUCCGAGAUCAACUGAUUGCCGGAAUUCGUUCGGGAGAAAUUCGUCGUCGGCUGUUGGCUGAGCGAGGGGAAUUAACAAUGAGAAAAGCGUUCGAUAUCGCCCAACUGUGGGAGGAGCUUCUAUCAAACUCGCCAGCUCUUAUAGAAGAUUUCGAAAAGCUACAGGAUCGUGUACGGAACUUGGCAAAUGAUGAACCUGAUGAGGAAGAUUCCGUCGAAAAAGAAGGGGACCAAGAAGGAGGAGUCAAUGGCGUGGUACACAUUGACGUUUCGCCUGAGCAACAAAACGGCAAAAUCCUCUCGGCAGAAUCGCAGGACUCUGGCGAACCGCCUCGAAGGAAACGUGGAAGACCUCGUAAGAAUCCAGCUGUUGAACGCAUAGUUAUUAAGGUGUCCCUCAAGGACCUCGCGUCGACGACGAGAAAUGGAGUCGACGAAGAGGAGUGUUCCGAAAGCCAAACCAUCAAAAGCAGUCGUGGAAGACCACGAAGGGUGAAACAAGAGCCUACUCCCGCGAAAAAUGACCAGGCCGAACUGGACUCAGACACUAACGAAGGAUCGACUAUAGCUCCUGUAGCAGUUAAAAAACGACGGAAAACAAAACCUCCGCCAGACCCAAACAUUCCACCGAAAAAGCGGGGCCGUCCUCUAUCCGCGCCGAUGGUACCUGGCGGAAAGCGUUUCAAGUGCCAGUACUGUGAUUACAUGACCAACACCCGGCAGUGUGUGAAGCGGCACGAAAUGACCCACACUGGAGAAAAACCCCAUCCAUGCAGUUACUGCCCACUUCGUUUUCGUGAGCGGCAACAUCUACAAAAUCAUGAACGGUUACAUACUGGUGAGCUACCAUACAUCUGUGAACACUGUGGACGAGGAUUUGCUAAAAGCUCCACUCUUACAGAUCACAUACGGACGCACACAAGAGAGGCUCCACACCUAUGCGAAUUUUGUGGCCGUGGUUUUAUCCAAAAAUCUGCUUUGAACACGCACGUGCUUAUACACACUGGUCGUCGCCCCCACGUGUGCUCCGUCUGUCAGAAGGGCUUCACCACGUCGAAUCUACUCAAAACACAUAUGCGUAUUCAUAAUGAAGCAGCUGCUUUCGUAGCACUUAAAUCAACCGAGCAACAAGCUACGGGGACCCACGCAGGCGCUCAAAGCGAACAUACCUUGACAACCCAAAUGGACAAAAAUAUUCGUUCUUUUCAGAAUGAAAACACACGUGAAAUAAGAGCGGCAUCAACAGACCUGAGUCAGCAAGGUGAGGUGCUACGUUGUGCGUUAGAAACAAUGGAACAAAGACUGCCUACAACGGAAUCAGGUACAGAUCCCAUGUCCAUGCUAAGAACCAUGCAAAUGGUGCAUUUGGCUGGUUACGGGGGGGUUCAGAUCAAAUCGGAACACGGAAUUAUUGGAACGAUCCCUGACGAUGCACGAGCUCAAGAAUCGAGUCAAGGUUCCGCAGUCACUCCUGUUAGCGAGGAAGAAAUCUCACCCGGUGACGCGUCUGCAGCUGGACCAGAAGACAGAAACUUACAUGGAGAGCAUGGGAUUCAACAACUAGUUGGACAGAGCAAUCCCGCAAUUCUGGGCUUAGGCGCUCCCGGAAUGCCACCACACCUAAUGCCUCAAUCGACUGUGUUAGUUCCUGGGAUACGUUCUAGAGAACCACCCGUAAUGGUUCCACUCCCGCAUUCACAUUCACUGUCGAAUGACCUAGUUCCAGCUUCGUCCAUUAUACCCUGGUGAAAGGAAGCUUCUGUGUUGAAUGUAUAUCAAAACCGUUUGCAUUGUGUAGAUCGUCCUGAAACAUUUUUUAAGCUUAUUCCAAUGCUAUGGUAGCUGUCAAUGAUCAAGAGAUAAGCAUUGAGUAUGAAAGGCUUUUUAAGCCUUAAUAGGGUAAAUACAAACGUUUUGCUGAAUACGAUUACACGACUCAUGAUCUGAAGUUUGUGAAAAUGUCUUCGAUGAAUUAUGAUGUGAAUGUAUUAUAAUUUGCGAAAAUCAAUCACGAAAAUUUAGUUAAUGGUAUGGAGCGGCACACACUGUCACUAGGAAUAAUGAGUAAUUAUUGAAGUAAGUUAAACAGAGCUAUUUAAGAACAUAACUCAAAAAUAUCAUGUACAAAUUUUAUUCAUCAUCCUUAAUAAAAAAAAUCUUCAUAUAUCUUAAACUUGCCUUAGUUAUAAGUCUAGUCUUCAUAGAUUACACGAAAAACAUUUAGAUCUUACCCAAAUUAUUAACAGAGCCCAUAAUAAUCAAACAUGCAGCUAUGCCGGGAUUUUAUUGUGUUCUUUAGAUUGCGAGCGGCAGAAGACUGAGUAUAAUCACUAAAAUUCGUUCAUUUACAGCAAAAUCUAGUCUACCUAUUGACCCAAUGUACAUACUGCAUUAUACAAAGGGCCGAAAUGAUUAUGUCCAACGACAAUUUUAACACAUAAUCGGGAACUACUUUACAUCAAGCGCACUUCAUAUAUGACAUAUUUAGCAUCCCGAUUUAUGAAAGCAUUAAGCCGAUUAAAUCUGUAAUCGGUAAGUAGUUACAUUAACGUUCUUUGUAUCGAGCCCUAUUUAUAGUAGACACAUGUAGCUUUUCAAAAAUGUAUAAUGGUAUCAAGACGUUAUAUCACCAAACAGUCUACACUCUUGACAUUACCUGAACCAGAUGAAUUACGCAUACGAGAUGUAAAAUAAACGUUCAGCCUAUUCAAUAUUACUAACUCAACGGUACUAUCAAUCGUAAAAUGGGCGAAUGAUAUAUGAACGAGAUGAGAAGUGCAGACAUAAUUUUCGGUACAUUAAAGUUUUUCUACAAGACAUAGAAGUGUGUUUGACUAGUUUACGUUCGGCUAUAAUACAUUCGCCUAUGAUCAUUUGUUCAUCAAGAAACACCAUUAAAAAACUUCGACUAUAGCCCUAUUUGAGAUUGAUUGCACUUCAUUUGAAUAGAACCUACAUUAUACCUGACCUUCUAGAAGAGCAGGUGAAGAAAAUCAACUAAUAACAGAAGUCGUAUCAAGACGAUUUGAUGAUUUUACUCGAGCUUGGUACGUACUUGAUUUUAACAUAUUAACGUUUCUGAGCUUGUGUAUUUCAACCAUCAAUCUUAGUUGCCAUUUAGGUGCAUGCUACAUGAUUCGUGUGAUAAAUAAGUUAUCUUUAAUGAUUGUAUGGUACUCAUCAUUAAUCUAAAAAAUAUGAUUAUUAUUAUUGUUUGUAUUGUUAUUAUUUUUGGUAAUUACUAUUUUCGUCUACUGCUAGAGACCAAUAAAAACACAGAUUUUAAUGGUUCUGUCACCAAUCACUUUAAGAUAAAAACAUAUGUAUUUGCCUUUUUGCGCUGCUUGCUAGCUCUAGUUCCGUUCGCUCGCUCGCUCGCUCGCUCGCUUGUGUCUUCUCUCGUUUAUUUUGCCCUUUUGUUUUUUCUUCAUAUCUGUUUUUCUGCCGUUUGUUUUUUUUUCGUUAUUUAACUGUAUGGGUAUUGCCCUUUAUCUCGAGAUAUGUCUAAUCGCAUUGCAAUGGUCUGCAGCUCAGUCAAAAGUAAUAUUUCUCGACUUUUUCAUGUAAACAUCCGGAUCUGGAUUUCAAAUCUUCAUCAGCAUAAACUAAUUAUUACGACCGUAUGGAAUCGUAUUUGUCCACUGUGACCUACUUUACAUCAACAGCUUCUCUCUCGCGCUUUCCUAUUAUCUAGUGCUGGUACCCGUCAUAGUAAAAUUAUAAUAAUAAAACAAUAUUACAGAAAUCAGAUAAUCGCCAUCGUUAAUACGCCGGUCGUAGACACUCACCAUGAGGCGCUGGUAUUCUGAUUUUUCUCUUUUUUUUUUUAAAUUUUGUCGCUGUUUACUUGGUCGCAGCCGUUUACAUCAGUUGAUCGAAAAUAUCACUUUCGCCAAUUUUAUUUCUCUCGAAACACAUACAGUGGUUAGAACGGUUAAACUGUAUGGUAAUGUUAAAAAAA